AUGCACCCUCACUCCUCCUACACCUUCGAUUCCCUUUCCAAAUCGCAGGAACUAUCCUCCGCCAUCCAAUCCGCCAACAACCCUUCCCAAAUAGCAUCUGCCUGCGCCUCCAUCGACUCCUUCCUGCACUCUCACUCACCCGACCAAUCCCGCCAUUUCUUCUCCAUCGCCUUCCCAACCCUAAUCUCCAAGCUCUUCGGCUUUGACGACCCCUCUUCCGCCAAUGCCUGGAUCCACCACCGCCACUCCCACGACCUCGCCCCGACCCUCUUCUCCCUCCUCUCCCCCACCGGCACCCUAGCCUCCACCAUCGCCGCUGUCGACCGCCUCUCCCUCGUCAAGUACGUCUUCCCCGCCGAACGACUCCCUCAAUGGACCCGCUCCCUCCUCCUUAACAAAAGUAACGCCUCCGAUUCUCGGCCCCUCUCCGAUCUCUGUCCCUCCCUUUUCAAGCCCUCCCCUUCUCCGUCUCAAAUCCAGCUCAACGUCUUCGAAUACUUCUUUUUCUGGUUCGCCUACUACCCCGUUUCCAAGGCUAAAAUCGACAAUCCCAAUGCCGCUUCGCUUAAACGUCCUAAGAAAUUUAUUAGGCUAGAGGAUUGGACUUGGACGUCCUCAUUUCCUUGUUUCUCCGCCUCCAAACCAUCCCUCGAGGGUAAACCUCAAUGCGAUUUGUACACGCGUCUCCUCUGCGAGUAUCUACGCGCUUUCGUCCCAUCCUACGAUCUCAACGCCCACCAGCCCUACCGGUCCUCCAUUCUCCACUACGGCUCCGGCUACGACGCCUCCGUUGUGUCACGGGCUGAGUUUGUGGUCAACACUCUUAUCCAUUUCUGGCUCGUGGACAACGACUUCUCGCCGUUGCCGGUUACUCUUUGCCGGGAUCUUGGGGUGUCUUUUCCGGUCGGGGAGGCGCCUCCCGCGCCGGGGCUGGGAGAGGUGGUGAGGCUGUUCGUGAGCUACUUAAGUUUGAGCACUGUGGCAGCGUUUAGCGAGGGUGGUGGUGAGUGUGGAAGUCCCAGGUGGAGGGCUGUGGAGGGUCCCAAGAGCAAGGAUUUGGGGUCUGUGCGGUCUCUUUGUUGCUGGAACUUCUGUGUGCAGAGGCCUCUGUAUAGGUUCUUGUUGAGGACGUUUUUGUUUUGCCCUAUGGCUGCUUCGGUUAAGAAUGUGUCGCAAGUGUUGUCGGUUUGGAUUGGUUACUUGGAGCCUUGGUCAAUGAACGGGGACGAGUUUUUGAAAUUUGAUGCAAUUAACGGUGAGAAUAAGGAUAAUCCCGUGCCUGCAAGUGUGGGUCGGGGAUUCUCGCAUCAGUGGCGGGACUACGUUCUCUCUAAUUAUCUAUACUAUAGUUCCUUGGUCAUGCAUUUCAUUGGGUUCGCUCACAGGUUUCUUCAUAGCGAUGUUGAAGUUAUAGUCCAGAUGGUGCUCAAGGUGUUAGAUACCUUGACAUCAUCAAAAGAGCUCGUUGACCUGUUGAAGUCUGUGGAUUCCCUUUUCCAUUCUAAACAGGUUGGAUCAGGCAAACCGAUGUUGAAUAACUUGUACAGAUAUGUUCCUACUAUCCGUGAACAGUUGCAGGAUUGGGAGGAUGGUUUAUGCGAGACUGAUGCUGAUGGCUCUUUUUUGCAUGAGAAUUGGAACAAAGAUUUGCGACUGUUUGCAGAUGGGGAGGAUGGUGGACAACAGCUCCUUCAGGUUUAUACUUUUUGUUGA